GUGUCGGGGCGGAGGAGGAGGAGAUGGUGGAAGCGGGAUUAGGGUUUGUCCGGCAAGUGAGGUCGUUUCGUUUGUGCUGCCGAAGCAGCUUAUCAUCCUCGAUGAGGAUGAUGAGGACGAGGAGCGAGGGAGGGAAAAUUGCGAGGAAGAUGAUUCUCCAAUCGGAGAUUUGGGAUUUGAGAUGUCUCAGAAUCGUAAUGAUGCUGAUGAGGUUAUGAAGGAGGUGAAGGUUAUUGAUGUUCUCAAUCAUGAAGAAGAAGAAAACGAGAGGAGAGCAGGGGAAGCUCAAGGAAUUUCUGAUUCCCAUCUAGAAAAGGAAAUGCCGGACGAGGAUGUUGAUGUUGAUGAUAAUAAUGAUGCCGAUGACAAAGAUGACAAAGAUUGCGACGACAACAACAAUGACGAUUGUGCCAGUGAUGAUGUUGGCAGUGGUGGUAACGGCAGUGGCGGAAACGACCAAGGGAAGGUUGGAGGAGCAAAGAGAGUAUUGGUGGCUUCCUGCGAUGCAAGCAGAACUCGGUCUCGUAUGGGAAAACAGAAAAGGUUAUCCUACACUUCUUAUUUUAAAGAUGUCUCUGAUGAUUCAGGGCAAGAAGGAGAUGAGAAGGAGGAAGAAGAAGAAGAGGAAGAGAAGGAGGAGGAGGAUGAGAAAGAAGAUGUUAAUGGUGAGCCCGAUCAUGGAACUAAUGUAGAGAGUUCUUCGAUUUUCAUCAAGAAGAAGGUCCCAGGAAGCAGUGCGAAAAAUAAUAGGGAAGCUCCUCUGAGUAUCAGUGUUGACCCCUUCUGUUCGGAUGUGAAUGAUUUCGUCUUGGAGUUUGAGAUGGGCUUGCUUUCAUCCAACGAGGAGGAUGAAAAGGGGAGAAUGAAAGAACUUUUGUGAUGAACAGUUGCCCCCUCUGGCAUUUUCUUUUGGAGAUGAAGAUGCUGUAUAAGUUGGGAUGUCGGAACAUGAGAAAAC